AUGCUUCCCGACGUUGACAUUGAAAAUGCGCUGGAUUCCACCAUCGUCUCCAAGGCCGAAUGGGACCUUGCGACUCCGCCCCUCGCUGCCACCGAUCGGGCAGAUGAGCUGUCUGAAGCCUUACCAGAUGAAGCCGAUGGCUUCGACUGGAAGGAACAGACAGCCGACAUCGAUGACAUCGCAGAUGGUAUGGCUGCUUUAUCAGUUGAACCCGAAGGCGUCGGUUAUCUGGGCUCGACUUCAGGGGUAGUUUUUCUGCGAUCUAUCCUUCACUGGACGAACCGAUCGCCCAAACACCCGGUCUUACCACGAGAGGUUCGCCGCCUGAUCGAGGCUCAUGAAAGGCGGCCAACCCUCGUACAAAUGCCAGACUCCCUCGUUUCCCAUCAAAUGAUAAGUCAGAUGCUGGAUGCAUACUUUACUUAUUACCACACUUCCUAUCCCUUCGUGCAUGAGGCUACUUUCAGAGCUCAGUAUUCCGAACUCAUCCCCAAGCCAAAGGGACAGGCAUGGAAUAUGCUUUACUACACCAUCAUUGCCCUUGGGGCUUGGAAUUUGGGUGCUGGCCAUUCCGACCUGGAAGAGUUCUUCUACCGCAAGGCCAGCUCUUUCUGGCAGGACCAGUCCAUUUUUGAGAUGGCUAGUCUGUCGUUAGUACAAGCAUUGGUCCUUAUCAGUAACUUUGUCCAGAAACGCAACAAGCCCAAUACCGGGUGGAACUAUCUUGGGGUUGCUGUCCGAAUGGCACUCAGCCUCGGGUUGCAUCGAGAAUUGCCAGCUUGGAACAUCAGCCUGCUGCAGCGUGAGAUGCGAAGGCGACUAUGGUGGGGACUUUUCAUUUUCGACAGUGGUGCUUCCGUCACCUUUGGCAGGACUGUUCUCCUCCCGGAGAGAGAGGCAAUCGAUGUCAAGCACGUUCUCAAUGUUCAUGACAGUCUCUUGACACCUCAUACGACAGAGAUACCAGGCGAAGUUUCCGAACCAACGAUCUACUCCGGCCUCCGCGCACAAUCGGAGCUACACUUGCUGGCCAACAACUUCUCAAACCGACUGCUAUGGGCCACUCCUGUCUCGGUGGAGGAAGCAUUAACCUUCAACAAAGUGCUGGAAACUUGGGCAGUCAAAGUCCCCUCCUACUUCCAGCCCGGUCACCAAUCACCUGUGUCCGAUCAUUGGUAUCUUCUGGCCCGUUCAAAAUUAUGGUGGCGCUACUGGAACUUCAAAAUCAUCAUCUUCAGACCUAUCCUGCUUCGCUGCGCCAUUGAGAAGUCAGACCCGCAGGCUUCUCAGAGGCCUAGUGCCGAGGAGGAAGAGUGCAGACAACUCUGCUUGAGCAGCGCCCAUCUCACCAUCGAAUCCGUGGAGGAAUAUGUUCGUCAAUACCCGCUUACCCGGCUCGCCGGGUGGUAUUGUCUAUAUUUCUUGUUUCAUGCCGCCUUGAUCCCAUGUGUUUGGAUCCGAGCCGAUCCACAGUCGGCCGAAGCAACUAAUUUGAGACGGGAUAUCGAGACGACACGCUUGCUCUUGCGGACAACUUUUGUUGACAAUCCUCUGGCCAUGCGAGCUUUGGAAGUCAUUGGACAGAUUCUCCCAGAGUCAGAGUCUCUUUUCGAGCUCCCCAACAGUCAACCAUUCGAUGAGACCGGCCCUGACUUCACGAUGUGGUCGCUUGAUUCGUCAGAUCCACUUUCAUCGUUCGGCUGGCCGGACUUCGGAUGGGUGACUUGA